AUGUCAGCCUUGACUGCAGACGUCAGGUAUAACUGCAGACGUCAGCCUUCACUGCAGACGUCAGCCUUCACCGCAGACGUCAGCCUUCACUGCAGACGUCAGCCUUCACUGCAGACGUCAGCCUUCACUGCAGACGUCAGCCUUCACUGCAGACGUCAGCCUUCACUGCAGACGUCAGCCUUCACUGCAGACGUCAGCCUUCACCGCAGACGUCAGCCUUCACUGCAGACGUCAGCCUUCACUGCAGACGUCAGCCUUCACCGCAGACGUCAGGUAUCACUGCAGACGUCAGCCUUCACCGCAGACGUCAGGUAUCACUGCAGACGUCAGGUAUCACUGCAGACGUCAGGUAUCACUGCAGACGUCAGCCUUCACUGCAGACGUCAGCCUUCACCGCAGACGUCAGCCUUCACUGCAGACGUCAGCCUUCACUGCAGACGUCAGCCUUCACUGCAGACGUCAGCCUUCACCGCAGACGUCAGGUAUCACUGCAGACGUCAGCCUUCACCGCAGACGUCAGGUAUCACUGCAGACGUCAGCCUUCACUGCAGACGUCAGCCUUCACUGCAGACGUCAGCCUUCACUGCAGACGUCAGCCUUCACUGCAGACGUCAGCCUUCACUGCAGACGUCAGCCUUCACUGCAGACGCCAGCCUUCACUGCAGACGUCAGCCUUCACUGCAGACGCCAGGUAUCACUGCAGACGUCAGCCUUCACUGCAGACGUCAGCCUUCACUGCAGACGUCAGCCUUCACUGCAGACGUCAGCCUUCACUGCAGAUGUCAGCCUUCACUGCAGAUGUCAGCCUUCACUGCAGACGUCAGGUAUCACCAUAGACGUCAGGUAUCACUGCAGACGUCAGCCUUCACCGCGGACGUCAGGUAUCACUGCAGACGUCAGCCUUCACGGCAGACGUCAGCCUUCACCGCAGACGUCAGACGUCAGCCUUCACCGCAGACGUCAGGUAUCACUGCAGACAUCAGCCUUCACUGCAGACGUCAGCCUUCACUGCAGACGUCAGGUAUCGCUGCAGUCGCAAGUAUCACUGCAGACGUCAGCCUUCACUGCAAACCUCAGGUAUCACUGCAGACGUCAGCCUUUGCUGCAGACGUCAGCCUUGACUGCGGACGUCAGCCUUCACUGCAGACGUCAGGUAUCACUGCAGACGUCAGCCAUCACUGCAGACGUCAGGUAUCACUGCAGACGUCAGCCUUCACUGCAGACGUCAGGUAUCACUGCAGACGUCAGCCAUCACUGCAGACGUCAGCCUUGACUGCAGACGUCAGGUAUCACUGCAGACGUCAGCCUUCACUGCAGACGUCAGGUAUCACUGCAGACGUCAGCCUUCACUGCAGACGUCAGCCUUCACUGCAGACGUCAGCCUUCACUGCAGACGUCAGGUAUCACUGCAGACGUCAGCCUUCACUGCAGACGUCAGGUAUCACUGCAGACGUCAGCCUUCACUGCAGACGUCAGCCUUCACUGCAGACGUCAGGUAUCACUGCAGACGUCAGCCUUCACUGCAGACGUCAGGUAUCACUGCAGACGUCAGCCUUCACCGCAGACGUCAGCCUUCACUGCAGACGUCAGCCUUCACUGCAGACGUCAGCCUUCACUGCAGAUGUCAGCCUUCACUGCAGAUGUCAGCCUUCACUGCAGACGUCAGCCUUCACUGCAGACAUCAGCCUUCACCGCAGACGUCAGGUAUCACUGCAGACGUCAGCCUUCACUGCAGACGUCAGGUAUCACUGCAGACGUCAGCCACUCACUGCAGACGUCAGGUAUCACUGCAGACGUCAGCCUUCACUGCAGACGUCAGUCUUCACUGCAGACGUCAGGUAUCACUGCAGACGUCAGCCAUCACUGCAGACGUCAGGUAUCACUGCAGACGUCAGCCAUCACUGCAGACGUCAGGUAUCACUGCAGACGUCAGCCUUCACUGCAGACGUCAGGUAUCACUGCAGACGUCAGCCUUCACUGCAGACGUCAGUCUUCACUGCAGACGUCAGGUAUAACUGCAGACGUCAGCCAUCACUGCAGACGUCAGCCUUGACUGCAGACGUCAGGUAUCACUGCAGACGUCAGCCUUCACUGCAGACGUCAGGUAUCACUGCAGACGUCAGCCUUCACUGCAGACGUCAGGUAUCACUGCAGACGUCAGCCUUCACUGCAGACGUCAGGUAUCACUGCAGACGUCAGCCUUCACUGCAGACGUCAGGUAUCACUGCAGACGUCAGCCUUCACUGCAGACGUCAGGUAUCACUGCAGACGUCAGCCUUCACUGCAGACGUCAGGUAUCACUGCAGACGUCAGCCUUCACUGCAGACGUCAGCCUUCACUGCAGACGUCAGCCUUCACUGCAGACGUCAGGUAUCACUGCAGACGUCAGCCUUCACUGCAGACGUCAGCCUUCACUGCAGACGUCAGCCUUCACUGCAGACGUCAGCCAUCACUGCAGACGUCAGCCUUCACUGCAGACGUCAGCCUUCACUGCAGACGUCAGCCUUCGCUGCAGACGUCAGCCUUCACUGCAGACGUCAGCCUUCACUGCAGACGUCAGCCUUCGCUGCAGACGUCAGCCUUCACUGCAGACGUCAGCCUUCACUGCAGACGUCAGCCUUCACUGCAGAUGUCAGCCUUCACUGCAGACGUCAGCCUUCACUGCAGACCUCAGCCUUCACCGCAGACGUCAGGUAUCACUGCAGACGUCAGGUAUCACUGCAGACGUCAGCCUUCACUGCAGACGUCAGCCUUCGCUGCAGACGUCAGCCUUCACUGCAGACGUCAGGUAUCACUGCAGACGUCAGCCUUCGCUGCAGACGUCAGCCUUCACCGCAGACGUCAGGUAUCACUGCAGACGUCAGGUAUCACUGCAGACGUCAGCCUUCACUGCAGACGUCAGCCUUCGCUGCAGAUGUCAGUGAGCUACUCUCCCACAGUGAGCUACUCUCUCCCACAGUGAGCUACUCUCCCACAGUGAGCUACUCUCCCACAGUGAGCUACUCUCCCACAGAGAGCUACUCUCCCACAGUGAGCUACUCUCCCACAGUGAGCUACGGGCCUCUCCCACAGUGA